AUGGCCAAGAAAUCACAGGAUGGACAAUUUCCCAUAACAAGACCCAAGUUACCUGGCAUGGAGAAACGAAGCCACGUGGAGGUAUCCACACAAGAACAAAUUCUGAUUUUAAGAAGUUAUUCAAAAAAUAGAAGUAAUUGGCCUAAAAUAUACAAAGAAGUAAAAACCGCGGUACAGGAAAAUUUACCAGCCAAGGUUCAGGUUUUGUAUGCAGAGAAACCUUACGAUAAAAUUAAAAGAAGAAUGGCGGACCAGGUCCAGAAACUCACACACAAAAGCGGGGGGUUUAUCGUAAAUGAAGAAUUAAAAUCUCUUGUUAUGUCCAUAAAAGGAAAUGACUCAAGGUACAGCACGAAAGAACACCCCAAUGAAAGAAAAAGAAAGUUUCAGAAUACAAGAAAUGUUGCAAGCAAUCGGCGACAAGAUGUAGAUGGAGGGGCGCCACAAUCUUCUAGAUCCGCCCCAGCUGCAACUGUAAGGGCGACGCCACUUGGGACAGAAAGACCGCCACUAAGGAGACCUGCGCCUGCUGCAGCCGAAGGGGAAGCGCCACUGGGGUCAGAAAGACCGCCACUAAGAAGACCUGCCCCUGCUACAGCUGGAGGGGCGGCGCCACUGGGGGAAGGAAGACCUCCACUAAGAGGACCUGCCCCUGCUACAGCUGAAGGUGCGGCGCCACCUGGGGCAGGAAGAUGGCCACUAGGAGGACCUGCCCCUGGUACAGCUGAAGGUGCGGCGCCACUGGAGACAGGAAGACCACCACUAAGAGGACCUGCCCCUGCUAUAGCUGAAGGUGCGGCGCCACCUGGGGCAGGAAGACCGCCACUAAGAGGACCCGCCCCUGCUGCAGCUGAAGGUGCAGCGCCACCUGGGGCAGGAAGACCGCCACUAAGAGGACCCACCCCUGCUGCAGCUGAAGGUGCAGCGCCACCUGGGGCAGGAAAACCGCCACUAAGAGGACCUGCCCCUGCUGCUGUUGAAGUUGAUGAAGGUGAGGUCAAUCGCCGCAGAGCGAUUCCGCUUGAUAGCGAUGACGACUCGGAUCAGGAAGAGCCGCCUAAAAAGAAGACAACUUCUGAGCUUGCAAGGGAAGCCUAUGAAGUGUACUUGUCAUCCGCAGAAAGGUCAAGGCGUCUUGAAAGGAAAAUGGAACAAUGCAUGGAUAAAUUUUUGUCCAUGUAA